GACAGCCCUUUUUAGGGGUCCUUCAUGCCUGACCUUAUGCUGUCCCCACUGUUAGGCUCCAGACAGGUAUGCGGGGUGUCUUUGGGAAGCCUCAGGGCACCGUGGCCAGGGUCCACAUUGGCCAAGUCAUCAUGUCCAUCUGCACCAAGCUGCAGAACAAGGAGCAUGUCAUCGAGGCUCUGUGUAGGGCCAAGGGCCAGUUCCCUGGCCGCCAGAAAAUCCAUAUUUCCAAGAAGUGGGGCUUUACCAAGUUUAAUGCAGAUGAGUUUGAAGACAUGGUAGCUGAAAAGCAGCUCAUCCCAGAUGGCCGUGGCGAGAAAUACAUCCCAAAUCGAGGCCCUCUGCACAAGUGGCAGGCCCUGCACUCAUGAGAGCAGAAGAGCUGCCUCCUUGUUGGUGACACAAAUAAAAACCGC